GAUAGGGUAAGAGGACUGCAAAACAAAGUUGCAGAGCAAGACAAAUAGAAGCGCAACUUCUAUUCUGCGCUCAUUAGCUACAGAUGCAAUAGUUAUCUCUGCUAUCAUUGCUUUCACUACAAGACUCCCAUCAAAACAUCCGCCCCAGGGAUUUACGCAUUUGCCAGUCCAUCAGCACCUCCCCUUCCUUCAGAAAUAGGUUCACAAAGUAGUUUGGGAGACAAGGGAGAGUAUGAUGACAUGGGUUUUAUAACUCAGGUGGAUCCUCAAACACCGCAGGGCUCAUCAACUGAGAAAGAACCAAACAACAUGGAAAUGCAGAAAGCUUUUUCCAGCUCUCAGGCUGCACAAGUGAAAGACAACAGAAGAAGGCAUGAGUUCAUUCUUUAUGGGAUGAUGGUCACAUGCUUUGUGAUGUUGGCUCUAUUCAUCUUCCUGUUCUUGUCGAAGUACUCAGAAAUUUCAGAGGAAUUGAAAGAGCUACACUUGAACAACUCCGAGAUGACAAUGUCUGUGCUGAAGGACCUAGAUGAUAUCCGAGCAAAGCAAGAAAUUAUUCAGAAAUCUCUAAGAAAUGACUUCUCUGAACUUCAGGGCAUCACUGCAUCCAUCUGCAAACACGUCUCAAUCAGGUUUUCAUCAUGCCCCCCGAAGUGGAAGGCCAAAGAGAAUGCCUGCUAUUACUUUUCAUCUGGGACAAAACCCUGGAGCGAGUCUCUGUCAUACUGUAUUGGACAGAGUGCUCAUUUGGUCUCUGUGGAAUCUGAUGAGGAACAGGAAUUUCUGAGAAAUACUAUCAGUACCAAAGGAACACACUGGUUGGGUACAACAGAUAAAGAACAAGAUGAAAAAUGGAGAUGGAGUGAAGAUGGUAGCGUUGUAAGUAUCAGCUUUUGGGAUAUCGGGGAACCAAAGAAGGGUUAUAACAAAGACUGUGGUAUCAUGUACCCUAAUGGGUCAUGGGCAGCUGAUGCAUGUUCCCUUCCGUAUCACUGGAUUUGCAAAAAGCGCCUCAUCUGCUGAGAUGCACCUUGGAUCGGCCCCUGGGACUGGACUGUGCUGUUUUACAUACCCCUAUUUUGUUGUGGAAUGUAUUCCAACUCCCCAGCACCUAAACUGAAAAUUAUAUAUUUUGUCAUUUAUCCUUUCUUCUGGGCAAGAAGGAAUUCCAUGUGUCAGUUAUGAUCCCACAUUAGCCAUAACAGACCUCAGAGAUAGAUAAUAGCCCAUCACACAUGGGUGUUUUCCCUUGCUUUCACUGUGCAUGUCCAUUCAGUUUUCUUUUUCAUUAUGCAUUGAUUUUCCUCCCUUCAACACUCACUUUGCUUUCUGAU